ACGAAAUAAACAAAUAAUUUCGUUGAUUAUUUAAAGACAGUCGUCAACUUUUUAUUAAUAUACUAAAAUGAUCGUCAACGAGUUUGCUGGAAAGCAUCCCGACUUGCACUUCACACUUUACAUUUUCCGAAGAAGGGUCAUUAAUUGCUAUAAUGCAGCUCUGGACGCUGGCGGAGCGAAUCAAUUGCCCAUGCCUCUUUUUCUAAGUCGACGCCUUUUACCUCCACCUCUCUUGUUGCCCAGUAUGUCAGCAACGAUGUCCUGUUGGCAUUGCUAUGGCAAAUUUGCAAGUUGGAUGCACUUACUGAUAGAAGGAAGCCAGAAUGAUUACUCUUUGUCCGCGUUAUGCAUCCUUUGUCCGUUGAUGAGAAAAUUGACAAAUAUUGUUUUUAUAAACACUAAAAUGGGGAAAAUAAUGUAUUUGUGAAAAUGCAUGUAACAAACAAGCAGACGCAUCUCCGUCUCCAUAAAGUAUGUAUAUUUUUGAUCAGCAUUAAUAGCCGAGUCGACCUAGUCAUAUCCGUCUUUCUGUUUAUCCAUUCAUCCGUAUAUAUGAUCGCAAGGAGCUGAGCGCCCAUAAGAGAUAGACUUGAAAAUUUAAAUGUAGUUCCUCCUAGUGCCCGAGCAGCACGAGUUUGUCUCAGAUAAUCGAUAACUUUUCCCGUUUUCUAACGAUCGAUAAGAAUCGAUAUCGAAAUCAUGUUUUUUGAGCAAAUCCCUUAGGUCUUAAGAGCUAGACAUGCACUGCAAUGACGAUUGUAUUGUUUCCUGUGGUGUGUGUAUGAGCAGCAAUUUUAAUACACUUUUUUAUGUGAGCUGCAUUUGGCGUUGGUAAGACAUGAUUCAGGGUAUCUCCCAGUCAGUAACUGCCGAAUAUAGUUUUUUGUUUUGAGGUGUAUACAUGUACUAGUUAGUAUCAUCCUU